UAAACAAUUUUUUUAAAGCAUUUUAUUCUCUGGGUGAGAUUAGACACAGUGGCUAACACGCUGUCCGGGUGCGCACAUCCCACACCGCAGUGCCUGGUGUGCGUCCCAGCUAGUCCGCUUCUGACCCAGCUUCCGGCUAACAGCAGGCCGAUUCCCGACGCUUGAGAUGGGAGACCCAGCUCCUGGCUUUGGCCUGGCCCUGCCCUGGCUGUUGCAGGCACUUGGGGAGUGAACCAGAGUGUCUCUCUGCCUCUCAAAUAAGGAAAGAAAAAGCACAUUACUCUCUUGCGGCAUGGGAACUGCUGAGCCAGGACUCAAAUCUAAUAGGGGAUGACCGCACAGUCCCACUGAGCAGAUGGGAAAAUGGAGGCACUGCAGCGAGGGGACAGGUCAUGUGACUCAGGGCAGCCCGGCCGGCCGGACUGGAUUAGUCCCCGCCCAGCCUGGGGAGCCCUGGGGCAGUCGUCAAACCUGUCUGGGUCCCAUCGCCCAACUCGGUUCUUUCUUACCUGGGAUUCCUAGCCUGCAUCUGAUUUCCAACGGAAGGUCUAUGUCACCCCCAAAGGCCUACAAUGGCACCCCACGCUGGCCCCUGCUUCUAGAAUGGUAUGGACAACACUGGCCUCCACUCUGAAACCCGGACGGGCUCUCAAAGAUGCCAAGAGCCUGGCUGCCUGUGUCCCGCAACCCUUUCUCCAGCACCUGCUGAGUGCUAGGUACCUUCCCAGGGGCAAGGGACAUACUACAGUGCAGUAAAGGAAUCCGCACAGCCCAGGGGGUAAACUGAGGCUAUGGGGCUUACCCGCCUCCUCGCUUCCUGUGUUGCCUAACAGACUUGGGAGCUGUGUGACAUUCAGGAGCCAGGGUGCCCACACACACACACACACUAGACACUCAAGAACUACUUCCUGCAUGAACGAAUAAGCACAGGAAGUCCUCCCCACUGCCUCCGGGCUUGGCAACCCCCCCACCCCAAGUGCAGGUCCCCUGGGGCUGGCAGCUAUGACACCCAUUACCAGGUGCCAGGUCCCACCAAAUACAAUGACAGCGUCAGCAACUUCCUGGCUGGGGACCUUAGACAAAACACUGGCCCUCUCCCAGACAACUUAGGGCUUCGGGCAGCUCUGAGCUGGAAAAGGCCAGGCUGCACCACAGGCCGAGCCCCACGUCCCUCCAGUGGGCUGUGGGUGACCAUGAGUAAGUCGCAGACGCACCGCGCUCUCCUGGCUGGGGCACCCCCAUCUUGUGCCCACUUCCGGAAGCCCCCCCCACGUUCCCGCGUUCUAUAAUCGGCCCCGGUAGCGGGUACAGCCGGUCAGGUCUGGUUCUCCCCCCACCCAGCCCCGCUUUCUCCCCAUCACCCCCACGAAGUGCGGCCUGCGACCCUCAGCCCUGGAGAAGCGGGGCGCGCCCGGAGGAAAAGCAACCCGCCCAGCGCCACACAGCGAGGAGCGGCAAAGGCCGGGGCUGGCCCCCAAAAGGACGCUCUCCAAGUCCCCUGCGGGGGGCCCCGCGUAGACCUGGAGCGGACACCCCCUCCUUCCCUUCAUGAUUCGUUUGUAGCACAGUGGCGAUGGAUGAUGAGGACGGGAGAUGCUUACUGGACGUGAUUUGUGACCCUCAGGCCCUCAACGACUUCUUGCAUGGAUCCGAGAAGCUUGAUAGUGAUGACCUCCUGGACAAUCCCGGGGAGGCCCAAAGUGCCUUCUAUGAAGGCCCGGGGCUCCACGUGCAAGAAGCCUCCGGUAACCACCUGAACCCGGAGCCCAGCCAGCCGGCCCCCAGCGUGGACCUGGACUUCCUGGAAGAUGACAUCCUGGGCUCGCCCGCCGCGGGGGGCGGGGCGGCGGGCGGCGGGGGCGCCGACCAGCCCUGCGACAUCCUCCAGCAGAGCCUCCAGGAGGCCAACAUCACGGAGCAGACGCUGGAGGCCGAGGCCGAGCUGGACCUGGGCCCCUUUCAGCUGCCCACGCUGCAGCCGGCGGACGGUGGGGCAGGCCCAGCGGGGGCCGCCGGCGCUGCAGCCGUGGCCGCGGGGCCCCAGGCCCUGUUCCCCGGCGGCGCAGACCUGCUGGGGCUGCAGGCCCCGCCCACCGUGCUGACGCACCAGGCCCUGGUGCCGCCCCAGGACGUGGUCAACAAGGCCCUGAGCGUCCAGCCCUUCCUGCAGCCCGUGGGCCUGGGCAACGUGACCCUGCAGCCCAUCCCGGGCCUCCAGGGCCUGCCCAACGGCAGCCCCGGGGGUGCCACGGCGGCCACGCUCGGCCUGGCGCCCAUCCAGGUGGUCGGCCAGCCGGUCAUGGCGCUCAACCCGCCCGCCUCUCAGCUCCUGGCCAAGCAGGUGCCUGUCAGCGGCUACCUGGCCUCGGCGGCCGGCCCCUCGGAGCCGGUGACCUUGGCCUCAGCCGGCGUCUCCCCGCAGGGGGCCGGCCUGGUCAUCCAGAAGAGCCUCCCGGCCGCCGUGGCCACCACGCUCAACGGGAACUCCGUGUUUGCGGGCGCGGGCGCGGGCGCCGCCACGGCCGCAGCCGGCGGGGCGCCCUCGGGACAGCCGCUGGCGGUGGCCCCGGGCCUCGGCGCGGCGCCACUGGUCCCGGCACCCAACGUCAUCCUGCACCGCACACCCACGCCCAUCCAGCCCAAGCCGGCCGGGGUCUUGCCCCCCAAGCUCUACCAGCUGACGCCCAAGCCCUUCGCGCCCGCCGGUGCCACGCUCACCAUCCAGGGCGAGCCGGGCGCGCUGCCGCCGCAGCCCAAGGCGCCACAGAACCUGACCUUCAUGGCGGCGGGCAAAGCUGGCCAGAACGUGGUGCUGUCCGGCUUCCCCGCGCCGGCCCUGCAGGCCAGCGUGUUCAAGCAACCGCCCGCCACCACGACCGGGGCGGCGCCGCCGCAGCCGCCGGGGGCGCUGAGCAAACCCAUGAGCGUGCACCUCCUGAACCAGGGCAGCAGCAUCGUCAUCCCCGCACAGCACAUGCUGCCCGGCCAGAACCAGUUCCUGCUGCCGGGCGCCCCCGCCGCCGUGCAGCUCCCGCAGCCCCUCUCCGCCCUGCCGGCCAACGUGGGCGGGCAGAUCCUGGCGGCGGCCGCAGCGCCUCACGCGGGCGGACAGCUCAUCGCCAACCCCAUCCUCACCAACCAGAACCUGGCGGCCCCGCUGAGCCUGGGCCCCGUGCUGGCCCCGCCCUCGGGCGCGCACAGCGCCGCACACAUCCUCUCGGCCGCACCCAUCCAGGUGGGGCAGCCCGCGCUCUUCCAGAUGCCCGUGUCGCUGGCGGCGGGCAGCCUGCCUACGCAGAGUCAGCCGGCGGCCGCGGGGCCCACCGCCACCACCGUCCUGCAGGGCGUCACCCUGCCCCCCAGCGCCGUGGCCAUGCUCAACGCCGCCGAUGGGCUGGUGCAGCCCGCCACACCUGCUGCCGCCGCCUCCGGGGAGGCCACCCCAGUCCUCACGGUGCAGCCCGCACCGCCAGCACCGCCCGCAGCCAGCACGCCGCUGCCCCUGGGCCUCCAGCAGCCGCAGGUGCAGCAGUCCCCGCAGGCCACGGCCCCUGCGGCCACCGCCCCGCCUCAGGCCAGCACGCCCCAGCCCAGCCCGGGCCUGGCGUCCAGCCCGGAGAAGAUGGUCCUCGGGCAGCCGCCACCUGUAGCCACCACAGCCAUCCUCACUCAGGACUCCGUGCAGAUGUUCCUGCCCCAGGAGAGGAGCCAGCAGCCUCUCUCCACAGAGGGCCCCCACCUCUCCGUGCCCGCCUCGGUCAUAGUCAGCGCCCCGCCUCCUGCCCAAGACCCAGCCCCGGCCACCCCCGUCGCCAAAGGAGCUGGCCUCGGCCCUCAGGCCCCCGACAGCCAGGCUUCCCCGGUGCCGGCCCCCCAGAUCCCGGCAGCCGCUCCACUGAAGGGCCCCGGCCCCUCCUCGUCCCCUUCGCUACCUCACCAGGCCCCUCUGGGGGACAGCCCCCACCUGCCCUCCCCGCACCCUGCCCGGCCCCCCUCCCGCCCGCCCUCCCGCCCCCACUCGCGCCCGCCCUCCCAGCCCCAGAGUCUGUCCCGCCCACCCUCGGAGCCCGCCCUGCACCCCUGCCCGCCACCCCAGGCCCCACCCGCUCUGCCGGGCAUCUUCGUGAUCCAGAAUCAGCUGGGUGUCCCCCCGCCUGUCAGCACCCCAGCCCCCACCGCCCCAGGCCCCCAGCCGCCCGAGGGGCCGCUGCCCGCCGCCCCCCACCUCCCUCCAGCCUCCACCUCCGCCGCUGCCGCCUCCUCCGAGGCGUCCUCCAGGCUGCAGGCCCCCGCGCCAUCUGACUUUCAGCUUCAGUUCCCGCCCGGCCAGGGGCCCCACAAGUCCCCCACACCCCCGCCGACCCUCCACCUGGUCCCCGAGCCCGCGGUGCCCCCGCCGCCUCCGCGGACCUUCCAGAUGGUGGCCGCCCCCUUCCCGACCCUGCCCCAGCCGAAGGCCCUCCUGGAGAGAUUCCACCAGGUGCCGCCCGGGAUCCUGCUCCAGAACAAAGCGGGCGGGGCCCCCGCCGCCCCACAGACCCUCGCCAGCCCCACUGCCUCGGUGCUGGUCAGCAGCCAGGCCCCCUCCGGGACCCCUGCUGCCCCCAGCCACGCCCCUGCCCCAGCACCCAUGGCCACAACAGGCCUCCCUCUGCUUCCCACCGAGAGCAAAGCUUUUGCCAGCAGCCUUCCAACCCUGGGCGUGGGCAAGGCCAGCACGUCCGGGCUGCAGCUGAAGAAAGCCCCCGCCCUGCAGCCCAGCAAGGAGGCCUGUUUCCUGGAGCAUUUGCACAAACAUCAGGGCUCCGUCCUGCACCCCGACUGCAAGACCGCCUUCCCCUCCCUGCGGGACGCACUGCAGCGCCUGCUGCCCUACCACGUCUACCAGGGCGCCCUCCCCUCCCCCAGCGACUACCACAAAGUGGACGAGGAGUUUGAGACGGUGUCCACACAGCUACUGAAACGCACCCAGGCCAUGCUCAACAAAUACCGGCUCCUGCUCCUCGAGGAGUCCCGGAGGGUGAGCCCCUCGGCUGAGAUGGUCAUGAUCGACCGGAUGUUCAUUCAGGAGGAGAAGACCACCCUUGCCUUGGAUAAACAGCUGGCCAAGGAGAAGCCCGACGAGUACGUGUCUUCCUCGCGCGCCCUCGGCCUGCCCGCGUCCGCCGCCUCCGACGGCCACCGGGUCCCAGGCCAUGGCUCCGCGGCAGCCUCCGCCGCCUCGGGCCAGCCGCCGCCACCACACCUGCCCACCAAGCUCGUGAUCCGGCACGGCGGGGCGGGCGGCUCCCCGUCGGUGACCUGGGCGCGAGCCUCCUCCGCCUCCCUGUCCUCCUCGUCGUCCGCCGCCUCGUCCCUGGACGCCGACGAAGACGGUCCGAUGCCUUCCCGCAACCGCCCGCCCAUCAAGACCUACGAGGCGCGGAGCCGCAUCGGCCUCAAGCUCAAGAUCAAGCAGGAGGCCGGGCUCAGCAAGGUCGUGCACAACACGGCGCUGGACCCGGUGCACCAGCCCCCGCCGCCGCCCGCCGCCCCCCAGAGCGCCGAGCCCCCACCGCGGCCGCCCCCGCCGCCGCCGCCGCCGCCCCCGCCGCCGCCGCCACCCCCGCCGCCGCCGGCCCCGGGCCAGAUGAACGGCACGGUUGACCACCCGCCGCCGGCCGCAGCCCGCAAGCCGCCAGGGCACGCAGCGCACGGGCCGCGCCUGCCACUGCGCAAGAGCUACCGGGAGCACGCGGCCGCCAGCCCCGCGCCGCCGCCCGCCAAGGUGGACGAGGCCACGAGCGGCCUUAUCCGCGAGCUGGCGGCCGUGGAGGACGAGCUGUACCAGCGGCUGCUCAAGGGCGCUGCGCCCGGCGAGCCCGCGGCCGCCCACACCGGCGCGGCGCAGGGCGGGGACCCCGGCUGGGAGGCACCCGCGCCGCCGCCCACCAAGCGGCGCAAGUCGGAGUCUCCGGACGUCGACCAGGCCAGCUUCUCCAGCGACAGCCCGCAGGACGACGCGCUCACCGAGCACCUGCAGAGCGCCAUCGACAGCAUCCUGAACCUGCAGCAGGCGCCCGGCCGGCCGCCCGCGCCCGCGCCCGCCUCCUCGCCGCCGCCCCCGCACAGGCCCGAGGCCUACCCGCCCUCCAGCCACAACGGCGGCCUGGGCGCCAGGACGUUGAACAGAUAACAGCGGGCCGCCCGGGACCCGCCCAUCUCCCCCGCCUAAGUUAUUGCCUUCGUGAAGGCCGCCAACCCCCGCCGCGGGGCGGAGCGCCGGCGUGGGGGGGCGGGCAGGGCACGGACUCGGGGGAGGGGGCCCCGGGGUACCCGCCCCCGCCCCGCCCAGCCACAGGCGGGCUCCCUCCGGAGUGCCAGUGCCUGCCUGUGCGCCCCCUGCCACAUCCGUCGCCUUGCGGGGCGCGCGCAAGCCUUUGCCAGGGAGGGUCCUUCCAGACCACCCAGCCCCCACCGCCACCGCACAGGCUGCAGAAGGAAUCCGCAGAUGGGACGGGGGCUCCCCCGGGCGCGUGCGCUGCCUCCUUGUGCGCCCGCGCGUCCAGGCGAGAGCACGCCCGCGCACCCAGCCGCAGCUGCGGCUCCACCGCGAUCCGAGCAAAACCGGGGUCCCCCCCCCAUGCCCCCGCCACGCAGCCAGUCUUCCUCUGCCCUUCCUGCCUCCAGCCGCCCGCGCCACAUUUUGAAAUCUCGGAGACAAAACUAGUACUGUAAGAUAAAUUUUUUUGUACUGUAUUUAUUGUGUAUAAGGAUUUUUUUAAAGGAGAAUUCUGUACAUUUAGAACUCUUGUAAAUUAAAAGCCGAUCCUUUUUUUAAAACUGUA